CUCUGCUGGGUGCUGCUAUUCUAGUAUUUACGGCUACAAUAGUUUUUGUUGCCUAAAGUUCAGAGCAGACUGCAGUUUUAGUUAGUGUGUGAGAGGGUGUGUGUGAGUGAGUGAGUGUAAAGGCAGCCAGAGUCUUGAGCAGAAGGAAGAGACAGGGGGGUUAGAGAUGUGACCUGUACUACACUGGAGGCUGCAAACUCACAAGCGGGGUGCACUCAUGGGCUGCAAAACCAGCAAAAUGUGCUGCCCCCAACUCAGGAAGAAGAAGCGGCAAAAAGCACAUCAAGGAGGACUGACAUCUCAGGAGCUGAAUGACUUGAAUGCCAAGACUCAAGGACCCAACGAGGUGCUACAGAAGAUCAAGGAGUAUGAGCAGGAGAUUAGAGACCUCCUUCAGAAACACCAAGAGGAGAAGACGGCUCUGGCAGAUGCCCACAAAGCAGAUGUGGAAGCCCGAACACUGGAGUUACAAGCACAGGCCCAGAAAGACAGAGAUGCUGAAACAGCAAAGCUCCUUUCAGAACAGGCAGCCACCAUGAAAGCAGAGAUGGAGGAGAAAUUUGCAGAGCUGCAGAAGUCUUUUGAGCAGGAGAAGGUGUCUCUCACACAAACUCACCAGCAAUUCACUGAUGCCCUGCAGGAGACAGUGGAUGAGUUAAAUUCCCAGCUGGCUUCUUUCCGAGAGAAAAUGAAAAGGGUGGAAGAAUCCGUCUUGAGCCAAGACUACCGGAGGCACAUUCAGGAUCAUGGAAGCCCGGGCCAGUUCUGGGAACAAGAGCUCCAAAGCUUGCACUUCGUGAUUGAAAUGAAAAGCGAGUUAAUACGGGAGCAGGACAAGAGGCUUAGAAAUCACGAAUCCACAAUGGAAAGAAAUCUGGUUCUAGAGGAGAGAAGCCGGACUCUGCAGCAGGAAAAUGAAGCCUUGAAAGUGCAAACGCAGAAGCAAGGGGCAGUCACUGUGCGUUUAUCUGAGGAGCUGCUAAGCACUCAAGUCUCCCUGGAGAAGCAGAUCCAUCGCUGUGAGCAGCUGCAAAGGGAGAAGGAACAGAAUCUUUACCGGGCAGUAAACGGCGAUGGCCCUCAGCAGUUCUCUCUCCAAAGCAACGCACAGGAGCUGCCCGUCAUGGUGCUAUAAUUGGGGACAAUAUCAUUGUGUAUAUGAUGCAAACUGAACAUUGGUGCAACUGACAAUUGAGAGACAUAGAGAGACUCUCAUUUAUAUAUAAAACUAUGAAGAUUUUAUUCUUUA